AUGGAGAGUGUGGUGUUACUAUUGGACUUGGAUUUGCAAGUAAAUUGUUUCUGUUCACGAUAAUAUACUUACACUCUAAAUUUGAGAUACUGCAAUGAUGAAAUAUUUUAAGUUUCUAGGUAGGCUAAGAAGCAGUCAGAAGUAUUGCUAGAUCUUUUUAUAGAAAUUCUGCUGCAAUCAUAAUUGUAUUUAAAUUGACGAGGUUUACUUUCUUAUCAAUAUUAAAGUCGCUAUUCAUUUUCAAGUGUCUCAAGAUGGGCAAGAGACAUCCAAGAAAAUAGUGAUCAAGGAGUUGUAAUAUCCCCUGUUGAUAAAACGACAGAUUUAGAAGCAGAAAGAUCUGUGGGCUAUGAGGAAGGUAAACAAAAAGCUUUUUUCUAAUUGUUUUAGAUAUUUUAUUGA